UUUGGGCGACUUUUGGGAAGAAGUAGAUGGAGUCUCGGGCCUAUCUGGAAUCUGACCCGUAUCCAUAGUUUAAUCCUGAGGCGCUUGCGAGAUUCAGCGAUAAUGAAUGUGUGACCAUUUUUGGGCAUUCCCAUCGCAUCUCAGAGUCGGCUUCGAAGCGCUCGAUCUCACUACUAAGCCUUCGGACUAGGUCCCCGGAACCCCACAAAUAAGUUCGAUUCACAGAGAUGUCAUUGUCCAAGAAGCUCACCAUUACCGACUUGAAAGAUGAGGAUUUCCGCGAUAAGCGCGUCCUCAUUCGAGUGGACUUUAAUGUGCCAAUUCAAGAGGGGAAGAUAACCAACCCAGCGCGCAUAGUAGGUGCGCUUCCCACCAUUAAGCAUGCACUCGAGAAAGGUGCCGCUGCUGUCAUUCUGCUUUCGCAUCUGGGCCGGCCGAACGGAGCGGUUGUGAAAAAAUAUUCUCUCGAACCCGUCGCAAGAGAGCUGUCUAAGCAACUGGGAAACAAGGAUGUCAUUUUCUUGCAUGACAGUGUUGGACCCCAUAUCGAAAAAGGUGUCAAAGAUGCGCCCAAAGGCUCCGUUAUCCUGCUCGAGAACGUCCGCUUCCACCUCGAGGAGGAAGGUUCCUCCAAGGACAAAGACGGAAAGAAGAUCAAGGCUGAUCCUGCGGCCAUCGAGAAGUUCCGCGAACGUCUCACGGCUCUUGGAGACAUUUACAUUAAUGACGCAUUCGGGACUGCGCAUCGCGCCCAUUCCUCUGUCGUCGGAAUCAAGCUUCCCAUUAGGGCCGCGGGAUUCUUGAUGAAAAAGGAGCUAGAAUACUUUGCCAAGGCUCUGGAAAAUCCCGAACGUCCGUUCCUUGCUAUUCUCGGUGGUGCCAAAGUUUCGGAUAAGAUUCAACUGAUCGAGAAUCUCAUCGACAAGGUCAACUCGUUAAUUAUUUGUGGUGGUAUGGCUUUCACGUUCAAGAAGACUCUCGAGAGUGUUGCGAUUGGGAAAUCCCUCUUUGACGAAGCCGGCUCAGAGAAAGUCGCGUCACUGGUUGCGAAAGCGACGCAGCAUAAUGUCAAGAUCGUCUUCCCUAUUGACUAUAUCACAGCGGACAAAUUUGACAAGGAAGCUAAGACCGGCACUGCCACGGACAAGGAAGGCAUCCCAGAAGAAUGGAUGGGUCUCGAUGCUGGUCUAGAGAGUCGUGAGUUAUUCAAGACUACCGUGCUCGAAGCCAAGACUAUUCUAUGGAACGGACCCCCGGGUGUCUUCGAAUUCCCUGCCUUCGCUGGAGGAUCUAAGGCACUUCUUGACGCCAACAUAGAGGCUGCAUCGAAAGGUGCCACUGUGAUCGUGGGGGGUGGCGAUACUGCCACUGUCGUGGCUGAUUAUGGUUCUGAGGACAAGCUGAGCCAUGUCAGCACGGGUGGAGGUGCAAGUCUCGAACUCCUCGAGGGCAAGAACCUGCCUGGCGUCGCCGACCUGAGUGAGAAGUGAAUGAAUUCUUCCCAUUGGAGGAUGGAAAUACGACAAUCGUCAAAACCUGCUAUUACCACCGAUUGCUGUUGUUUUGAAUACAAUGUAGCUUGUAAAGGAGUC